UACAUGUUUUCGUCUAUAUUCUCUACAAAAUUUCAAUUUAAUCUCUAACCCGCAGUGAAGACUAGAAUUAAUUGAAGAUAAAAUUACAUGACAUGAUAUUCAGUGAAUUGAUCGAAAUUGAGGAAAAAUCAAAAUUACACCAAUUUUGUAGAAAAUGGGAGGAAUAAUUAUACUCUUUCCAUCUCUGAAUAGAUGAUUUUCCCCUCUUCUAAGUUUCCGUCAAUUCAUCCAACACUAUACAAUAAGUUUAGGCUAAUUUUAACAUUCACCGACAAGUCACGGACUAAAUUAAAAAAUGUUAAAAGUUCAAGUUUCUUAAAUAAUAACUAACAACGAAAUUGAAACAAACACCAUAAUAUUAGAGUCUUGAAAUACAUAUUUUGCUUCUUUUUUCUUUUUAUUAAUCUUUUUAAUAUAGGUUUGAUUUUUAGGUCAGGAAUAAAUGUUAGGUGUGGCUGUAAUGUUGGACAUUCAAGUGUAUUGCACAUGCAGCGUGCACCAAAUGCCAUUAUGCUUUCCCUACCCCACACCUUCUUCUUCUUCUUCUCCUUCUAUGUUCUAAUUUCCUCAAUCCCCGCAUGAUUCCCCGCCACUCAUAAUCCAAACUCAAAAUUUGAAUCAACAAUUUUAUAAAUUCAGCCAAAAAAACCACACAUUUUCGUACCUUUUUUUCACUUCAAUUCAAUGGCUUCCGCUUUGAAGCAUCUCCCCUUCUUCUUCCUCCUCCUCCUCCUCCUCUCCUCUGUCCAAAUCGAAGCCAGAGUCAACAAAUUCUUCAGCUAACAGAUGGGAAUUUUAUAGAAAAAAGUGAUACAGGCAAAUUGUGUUUCCAUUUUGGAAGAAAAUUCCAGAAUGAGAUUUAGAUUCCAUAUCAGAUCUGUGUUUUAGUUUAAUUAUUGAAAUUCAGUCAUGGUUUCUCUCCACUCUAAAA